GUCAACGCUUGUUUUUCGUAACGGAAUUUUUCAAGCGCGCCACACCACCACCAGCGAUGCAGUGUUGUUUGGAAAAUCUAGCGAUCUGAAAGUGUUCCGUUUUUGUGUGUGAAAAUCCACCGAGCGAAGUGAAAAUGUCGCAAAGCGAUCGUGUGACGGACUUGAUCAUGCACUACUACAUGGAGCACGGCCGCAACCGGGACCUGGAGAAGUAUCUUCGCCUGCGCCGUAUGUCCAGCGCGACGCGCUCCUCCAGCGACGGCAGCCUGCCCUGCCUGGACGAACUGCAGCGGCGCGCCUGCCAUGCCGCGGCCGAACGAUCCGGGCUCGGCAAGUCGAUGGAAAAUUUGGCUACGCUGCGCAAAAAGGCGGAACAACAGCAACUGGACGAGAGCGAAAAGUCGCUACGAAAUGCGUCCGCCGGGAGUGGGAAAUCGAACGCAAACAAAACACCCGACAAGGCAGUAGGCGCUGUGGCGACGGAUACGGCCGAUGCAAAGCAGGGCGGCGUGACGGUGCGCGAGAAAAAGAUGGAGCAAAAGAGUGGCAGGAACUUCAACUUUAAUCUCGAGUCGGUGAUCGAAAUUAAUCUGCCCCCACCGCCGACCAUAACGCUGGGCGUUCCAACCACCGCGACGACCAUUGCUCCGAUUACGUACACCCAGCCGGGUGCGCCAACAGUCUCGACGACUAAGGAAGAUUCGCCGCGACUCGUCGUGCACGAGACCAGCACACAAACGGUAGCCACGGAAGAUGAUCCAAUCCGGCCGGUGGUGAAAACGCACGCCCCGGGCACGGUAGAGGAACCGCUGGACAGCACGAAGGACCUUUCGCCCGUCAGCAGUAUCGCCUCGAACAAGCAACGGUUGGAGUGGGAUUCGCUCGGGGACAUUGGGUACGAUUCGAGCGAGCGGCUCCAGUUCUGCGGUGCGGCCGAUCUGAACGAAACCGAGAAGCGGUGCCUGCAGCGUUACUUCGCCCGCAAGGGACUGACCUUCGAUCGGAGCGUGAUUGUUGUGCGGCAGCGGGAAGAACGGGAGAAAAAGGCUGCCGCACGCGGUGAGGACACAUCGAUUAUGCGAGCGAAGCCGGAUGCACAAAGCACACCGAAGGUGACACCACUGCAGCCAGGGCCACCACCCCCGGCAGCGGUGAGGCGGAAUGAGGGCGAGGAGGCUAAAGCUACGCAAACGACGCUCCAGCCACGCGGGCGGGAAUCGCGUGGCAUUCAAGUAACGCGACGACACGACGAAUCGUCACUGCCCUACCAGCGGCAGGACAAAGCCAUCGGUACGACCGAUAGCUACACGCUGGCGGGCUCGGUCGAUGCGGCGGAAAGUUUCGAAUUCUUCUCGCCCUCGGUGCCGGCAACGGGAAAUAACACUCCCUCGGUUGCUGCUUCCGUUUCCACGCCGGGACAGUCAUCGUCAGACACGACAUCCUCGUCGGGGGUAAAUGAGGCCAGUGCCAGCGGUCGCUCGCUGCGUCCCACCUUUGACGACGAGGUGAAGCUCGGGCUGACGCUGUACAACUCGAUCUGCGAGCUGGCGAGCAUGCCAACAGGUGUGAAGGAAAGUUUGAUCGAUAAAAUAUUUCGCAAGCUUUCGCGGCACGAUCCGAAGCGAAGAACGCGGGAACAGUUGCUGCACGACUAUGGUAAGAAUGUUAGAAGGCGCAGGGAGAAGGAGGAGCAGACCAUCGAGGAGACGACAGUGGAGGAUGCAGGUGGCUGCUCGAAAGCGGUGCAAAAGGAGGACGACAAUGUGUACGACGAUGUGAGUCCUUGUAGCGAGAAGGACGAAUCGCCGCCACAGCUGGAUCGAAGUAUCGGUCUGGUGGAGGUCAUCGAGGAGACGAAACAUCCGGCAGCACCUGUCGGAAGCUCCAACGUAUCGGAAGGCUCGGUGAAAGCGUCCCCUUCCGGAUCGAACGAGGGCAAUAACGUGCGUCACAGCACCACUUCCACCGGUGGAUUGGUUUCGAUUGAGAACUCUUCCCAUCGCACCGUAUCCUCGCUGCCGGUGUCGGCGGGCACAACGAAGGAGAACCCUCCGCGAAAGCUGUCCGCCCCGGAACCGCGCGAUCGGCGGGUGCGCAAAGCCAUGCAGGAGUAUCUGCGGCCCAUGACGCACUCGGAGGUGGAGUAUGAGAAUUUUAAACAACUGCAGCAGCUCAACCAGGAGCGUGCGCACGAUCCACAGCUGGCAAAGAUUGAUCGUGAGAUAGAGCAGCUGCUGGUGAAGAAAAUGCUACUGCUCAAUCCGGGUUCAACGGUCACGGCGGAACCGACGCUCCCGGCGAACACGCACACGGCUGCUCCACCGGCCCUGCCUAGCGAGCGUAGUGGAACGGUGUACACGUCGGUACAUGAUCCGGUUUCGGCUGACAGCAGCUGCUCCAAAAAUAGCACUGCCAGUACGGCCUGGAACUCACACUAUCAUAUGGCGAAGGUGAUAAAAAAUCGCUCCAAGCUGGAGACGCCCGUCGAGCUUACGACCACACCGUCGGAUGUGAGCAUUCCCACCUUUAUAAAGCAGAAGCAGGACAAGUUUGUGGAAAACUAUGAUCAGGUUCGUACGCGCCGUGUGUUCGAGGAGCAGAACCACCUGUACACCCGUCCGUACAGCAGCAGCCGCAGGAGUGAUCGCAGACACCAUCCGCUCCAGCAGGAGAAGGAAAACCAUCACGCCUUCGGUAAGGAUCGGUACGCGCUCAACAAACUGUCGAAGGGAACGGGCGGCGACAGUCGGCGACCGAUUUCGUCGUCGAACAAUACGAUCCUGUCGCCGGAAUUUAUAUCCUCCGACUCGAUAUCGAUACCGGUCGUUACGACGCUUACCAACACCACCACGACGCACCACUAUGACAUCAAGUCGAGAAGGCCAUCGUUGCCCCUGGCAACUAAAGGAGGACGCACGGCUGGCACACAAACAACCGAUUCCAUUUUGCGUACCAAGCCCAUUUUUGGGGAAAAGAAGCAGAAGAGCACUAGUGUGACGGCAUCCGUACAGGUUCCAUCGACCGUUGGCAGGACAGGCGUUGCGGAUGGCGGCUUUCCCAUUGUCCAAUGUAACUGUCCUUGCGGGCAGCGUGAACCCACCGUAGAAACGCACGGCAUUCCACGGCGAACGGAAAUUAUCGACCGCACGGCAACCGGUCGGCAAGACAAGCAGGCCCAAACGAAACCCUCCUCCAUCGCGUACGUUAUUACGUUCGAAGGGACGACGGCUGCGGAACGGAACCGUCACGACAACUACGGAUCAGCACCACCGGUGGGCCAUCCAUCGUCACUAUCGAGCAAUAAUGAGGGUAGCAGCGGUAGUGCCGGGGAAAGUGAACCCGAAAAUGGGAAGGACAACGUGUCGGAAAAGAUGCUCACGCUGCGGGAACAGUUUCGCCGGUCCUGUCCGGCAACGUUGAGCCGUAUCGAGGAGCGCCGGCAGUGUAUAAGCGAGCUGAACAAACUACGAAGCAAGCGGAACCAGCAGCGGCAACGGCUGCUGCUGCUCACGUCGGACGACUCGCUGCGCAAGACGAGCGCGGCGGGAGGAAGGGGUCAGCUUCCGCCGCCACCGCUCAGCCAGAGGCGCGUGUUUGCGUCGACGCGUGCCAUCCGGGAAAACACCCGCCGGCAGGUUCGCAAUCUGCCGGAGGUGCAGCGAAAGCGGGAGAUUGAACGUUUCAACAAUUUGAAGCGCAAAAAUCGAAUUCUCAAGGAUGUGUACAACAAGAAUCUGCAACGAAAAGUGCUGAAAGGGCAAGUUGACCUAUCGAACAGUGUUCGAGUCAUUCAGGAUUAGUCACUGUGAGUUCUGAUGAGCCCAUCUAUUUUAAUGUUUGAUCAGUUUAAUGACAAUUACAAAACAUGUGUGUUCUUGUAAGUUUAAUAAUAAAUGUUUGAAAAUAUUACAUCUUGA